AGGUCACGUGGUUUACAGCUUAAACACACGAAGCCAUUUUCUUUCUCUGCAACGAAUUAUCCGCACCACUCUCUCCUUUAAUUCCUUAACAAUUCAACAAACUCCUUCCAUUAUCUAAAUCACUUCCUCCACAAAUGCAAGAUGACGAAGAAAAUGGCCUCAUUUGAUUAUUCCCUACAGCUCUCUCUCUCUCUCUCUCUCAUUGUUUUAGCUGUUCAUGCGAUCAAUAAUUUAAUAACGGUUCAAAAAAAAUAUCGAAUUGAUUCCGCCAUUUCCGUACUAAUUUUUGAUUCUUGACAUCACAAAUUACCGAAUACUUAACAACUACUCCAUUCUUCUUGACUUCAAGAACCCCUUCUUCCUUCUUUCUCAAAAACACAGCAAAUUAAGUGAUGGAGAAGCAAAAGAGCUUCUCUGUGAAACCCAUCAAAUUCUUGGUCUCCUCCUUCACUAUUACCUUCUCAAUAAUCUUCGUCAUCUUCUGCUUCACUUGGGUUUUCAAGUCCCCCGCUUCAGUUCAUCUCGGCCCCCAAAAUCUCGGCGUGCAGAGCUCCAAAGAUUUUAGCAACACUUCUUCGGACGAUAUGCUGAAAAAUUCAAUCUUGAUGGAGAAAAAUUACGCGGGCGGUGACAAUUCCUCUUCAUCUCAAGCUGCUGCCCACGUGGCGGAAAGCGAAGGUAGUUUGCUAAUUGCAAAUUCUAGCUCGACCCCUUUUGGUAAUGAUAAUCUGUUUGUUGGUGGUGUUAAUGUUUCGAAUAGUUCUAAACCAACUGUGGAUGAAUCUGUGGAAGUUGUGGAUGUUGAUGAAAAGGUUGAAGAAUUGAAUGGUGUGGUGGUGGAGGGAGUUUCUAGUGAGAGAGAGGUUAGGACAGCAUCUGAUGAGAAAGAAGAUAGUUCAAUCAGAAGUAGUGUUGUUGAUGAGGGUAAGAACAAAGUGGACUGUGAUGUUACAAGAGGGCAUUGGGUUUUUGAUGAAAGCUACCCUUUGUACACAAAUGUUACAUGUCCCUUUAUAGAUGAAGGGUUUAGCUGUGAGAGUAAUGGGAGGUUGGACAAGGAUUUCAUGAAAUGGAGGUGGCAGCCUAAAGAUUGUGACAUUCCUAGGUUCAAUGCUAGUAAAAUGCUGGAGUUGAUCAGAGGAAAAAGGUUGGUGUUUGUUGGUGAUUCACUCAAUAGGAAUCAAUGGGAGUCGAUGCUUUGUUUGUUGAUGCGAGGCGUGAAAGAUCCGAGGAAGGUGUAUGAGGCUCGAGGGAGGAAGAUAACCAAAGACAGGGGGAAUUAUUGUUUCAAGUUUGAGGAAUACAAAUGCACGGUUGAGUUUUAUGUUUCGCACUAUCUAGUCCACGAGAGUAAGGCGAGGAUAGGCAAGAAGAAAGGGCAGACGUUGCGCAUUGAUGCCAUUGAUAAAGGGUCAUCAAGAUGGAGAGGAGCUGAUGUUCUAGUGUUCAACACUGCACAUUGGUGGAAUCAUCAGAAAACGAAGGCUGGGAUUAACUACUACCAAGAAGGCAACCAAGUUUAUCCCCGGCUUGAUGUCACAACGGCCUUCAAACGAGCUCUACUGACAUGGGCAUCGUGGGCUGAUAAGAACAUCAAUCCACACAAGACGCGUAUAUUCUUCAGAAGCUCUGCUCCUGCUCAUUUCAGCGGGGGUCAGUGGGACACGGGAGGCCACUGCAGAGAAGCCUUUCGACCCCUAAACGAGACGUUCACCUCUGUCUACCCAGAGAAGAAUCUGAUCAUGGAGGAGGUCUUGAGGAAGAUGAAGACGCCCGUUACUUUCCUGAAUAUAACGCGUUUGUCAGAUUACAGACCGGAUGCUCAUCCGUCUAUAUAUGGAAGAAAAGCUAUAAAUCGAGGCGUCCAAGAUUGCAGCCAUUGGUGCUUGCCUGGUGUUCCAGAUAUCUGGAAUGAAUUGCUGUACUAUCAUUUGCAAUCAAGAAGAAAGGCCAUUUUGUAGACUAGAAAACAGUUUUGUGUCUUGUAAUUCUUUAAUUGAUGGUUUUCUCUUUCCACAACAGAGUUAGGCUGCAAUUGUAAAGUGAUGAACAUUUUAACGUUUGACUAACUCCUCCUCACUGUCGACAGCUCAAUCUUCCUAAGAAAAUAUUAACUGUAAUAUUCUUGAA